CCAUAUCAGAAAAACGAUAAAAAGUACAAAAUGGAGCAACAAGGUAUAUACUUCAAAGAGGACGUAAGCACAAUUUCUCUAUUCAGAAGGGACGAAAAUAAAAAGACUCCCCAGACUAGUUAUGUCUUGACCAACCCACAUGCACCAUACGGAUACCAUCAUAACCCUCUUCUGGACACCCAACCAAAGGUAAACAACUCUAUUACUGAUAAAUAUUAUUAUCACCCAACCCAUCAUUCGCCAACACAUUCUUACUAUGAUGAAGUCAACUUGGGAAAAAAGAAGCUUAAUGUAAAAUCUCGAUAUUUGGACUUUUACUACAAAAAUCUAUACGAAAGAGAACGAUCGGCAACUAGCGAUUGUUGCUCGCAUGUUGCUUAUUCAAAUAUGAUAACCCAAAACUGGUCUUUCUCAUCAUCAACUCCAAUGCCAGUAUCCAUCAACGAAGAUCGGGGUCAUAUUCAGCAGACGACCGUGAAGCACAAGCGAAACGAUACGAAGUCACGGUAUAUGGAUUAUUUUAAUAAGAAACCGAUGGAGGAAAUAAGUACCAAAAUCCAGACACCACUACAGCCAUAUGACCCGUAUGAAAGCUUCAAUACUAUUCCUUUAUAUAGAAGUAGAAAAGACCAGCGUAAUUACAGUACAGAAACCGGAAAUUCUUGUUACGUCAUUAACUCACGUGCACCAACUCAGUACUAUGACGAUCCAGACAGGCGAUCAAGAUUAUUCAACUACAUUAUGGAUCCAGACUAUCCGAUGAAACAGUUGCCAACACAUUAUGAAGAAGAAGAAGACUGCCAAGAAAACCCUUCGACUAAACCUCGUUACAUGGAUUUUAACCAUGAAAGUCAACAUGAGAAGAAAGAAUUAGCUAAGUGUGUUUCGCCGUUACAUUAUUGUGGUGAAGGAGAGUUUAAAAAUAAACCUUCCGAGAAAUCUCGUUUCACGGAUUUUAACCAUCAAUGUCAAUAUGAGGAGAACGAAUUAACUAAGUGUGUUUCGCCAAAACAGUCUUGUAUCGAUGUAGACUUGGAAGGAAAAACUUGGAAGGACAUACCUGUAAAAUCACGUUACAUGGAUUUUUACAACAAAAAUCAAAAUGAAAGAAAAGAAUCGGCUGCUGGUGAAUAUAGUUUCGAUGCACCCGAUUCAAAUCCAACGGACUACAAUAAUUGGCAACCCAAAGCUAACGAAACAGUUUUACCUGAAGAGUGUCCUACUAGCAAGACGAAUGAUACGCAUAAAACAAACGUAAUCAAAUCACGGUAUAUGGACUGGGAAAAAGACCGAUCGCCUGAAGUAUUGAAUAAAGAGCCUAUAAAAACAACUCGACUCGACUGGAAAGAUUAUCAUCGAUUAAACACCAUACACAAUUUUUUGGAUGAUAUGCAAUACAAUUAUCCUUCUAUUUGCACUACCGGUGUCAUCGGAUCGUCAAUAGAAAACCGGGAUCUUAAGGUUCUGAAAGUGUCCAACAGUAACGCUGGGAACGCCAGCGUGUGGAUCGACGCCGGCAUACAUGCGCGAGAGUGGAUCGCGCCCGCCGUCAAUACGUACAUUAUCAACUACGUCGUAACUAACUUCGAUGCGCUGCCUGGCUCUAUGACCAACAAGGAUUGGUAUUUCCUCCCAGUAAUGAAUCCAGAUGGCUACGAAUUUUCUCACACUAACUAUCGAAUGUGGCGCAAAAACAAAGCAUUGCACGGCAGGGAAUGCUUAGGCGUUGAUCUUAACAGGAAUUUUAGCUUAGGUUGGGGGUGUAAGGGCUCAUCAAACGAGCCAAGGAGUCCGUUUUACCAUGGUCCUCACCCAUUUUCUGAACCGGAAUCUAGAGCUGUAAGAGAUAUGUUACAAUCGUCCGGCAUAAAAUUUAAAGUAUACAUCACAUUGCACAGCUUCGGAGAAGUUAUCUUAUUUCCAUUUGCUUAUCGAGAUGAGCUGUGUCCAGACUACGUGCGUCUAUUACAAGGGGCCACUGCUAUGUCUAAGGCAAUCUAUGGGUCUAAUGGAAACAUCUACAAAGUAGGUAUUUCUCGAGAUGUCAUGUACGGUGCCGCUGGUACCAGCUGCGACUGGAGCUACGGGCAAGCCAAGAUACCCUUCUGCUAUCUUCUAGAACUUAGAAGCAAGAAACACAAGUUUAGAUUACCACAGAUAGAAAUAGAAGAGACAGGAAAAGAAAUUCUGAGUUGUGUUAUGGCGUUGAUGAAGUUUGUAGAUGAUUAUGACAUGGAUGGUAACCUUAUUGAAAACCCGAUUAUGUGAAUACGUAGGUAAUAAUGUGAGUAAAGUGGUAUUCACUCAGUAUAC